AUGGUGGCUCUCCAUCAAAACGCUCGGAGCGGUUCUGGUCGUCGUGGUGUCGGUGAGUCGUUAAUUCUUAAACGACGACAGCGAGAAGAUCACUUGGCCAGUUAUACAACAUCUGUUAAGGGCAUAUCGAGGCUUAACACUCGAGCCGAGUGGGAAGAUUCGCUGUGCGAUAGAGGUGAGAAAAAACAAGUUCAACGAACGAUUGUGCAGCUUAAAAAUCAGUAUGAGUCGCAAUUACAUUCACGACGGCUUCGACUUGCUGAGCUGUAUAAUUCUGAAAUGGAAACAUGGAAGAAUGAUUGUCUCGCAAAUGUUGAGACACCAGAAGAUCGAAAACAAAAAAUGAUCGAACGCGCGAUGGCACUAAAAGAACGACGGGAAAAAGAACGACAAGCAAUUGUUGACGAGAAAAGGAUGCAAUUGUAUCGAGAAUCUUGCGAUGAUAUUCGUGUUGAAGACUCGCAUAAGAUCCAGCAACUUGUUCUUAACGAUCGAGACAAGCAACUUAAAGAAAUGACACAGUUUGCGCAACAAGAGCAUGCUUUGGAGCUGAAAAUGGCACAAUUGUGGGAAGAAGAUCGUCUGAAGAAAGAAGAGCGUGAACGUCAGGAUGUUGAAUUGGCAAUCAAGCGCAAUGAAGAGAUGAAGCACAUUCUUGAUCUACAAGUAGAUCUUGUCCAGAAAAAACGUUCUGAGCUUAAAGAGCGGAAACAAAAGGAAGAAAAGGAGCAACGCAGUGAAUGGGAACGUUUACAACAAGUGGAAGAAGAGCUCAAGCAGCGUAAUCGAGAGAGAGAAGUCAAGCGAGCUUUAGAUGUUAAAACAUUUAAUCAAGAACGUGUUGAAGCAACACGAUUAGCAAGUGAGCGAGAGCGUUUGUAUGACCAGCGAUUACUCGAGCAAGUUCUUGCACAAGAAGCUGAGACGCAACGUCAAGAACGAGAAUUGCAGCAUCAAUUCCGACAGGAGCAACUUGAGUAUCAACAAAUGUUAAAACGACAAAUGGAGAUUGAAGCGAAAGAUUUGUCUCAUUUGGAUAAAAUUCGAAAAGAUAUGGAAGAUGAAGUAUGGGCCAAGCGAGAUGCUGAACAUGAAGCAGAAGAAGCAGCUCGUCAAGAAUUACUGCAACAAGUUUUAAGAUCUCGUUCAGCUCAAAUUGAUAAGAAACGGACAUUAAUAGCUCAAGCAAAAGCACAAGAUGCUGCAUAUUUGAGUCAAAUUCAACGCGAUGCUGAAGAAGCUUUGCAAAAAGAGCUUCGGGAACAAGAAGAGCGUCGUGAAAUUCUCAAACGAACACAAUCUGAUCUGUUACGACAGCAAAAUGAAAAGCGAGUGGCAGAUGAAGAAGCAAAACAACGUGAGUAUCUUGAACUUAAACGCAUGGAACUUGCUGAAAAGCAGCACAAAGAACGCGUCAAGGACUUUGCUACUCACAUCCCACCCACAAACUUUCGUCGCAAAACUGCUCAAUGGUAUUUUGAUGUGUAA